AGCGCCUACGGCUUGCUGCUGCUUGGAGGCUCCCGAAGGAGGCUGCCUGUACCCAAUGCAGAGCCAGGCAGUGACACAGGACCACAGGACAAUGAGGACACCACCCCCACCAUAGCUACAGCCCACUGUGCAGCCACCUAAAGUCCCAGAAUGGACCAGCAGAUGGCACUGACCUGGGGGCUGCUCUACAUGACCCUGCUGGCUCUCUGCUGGGGACAUGGUGUGAAAGAGGCACAAGAGACCGUCCCUCUGCAGACUCUGCAAUGCUACAAUGACUACACCAGCCGCAUCAUCUGCAGCUGGGCCGACAUGGAGGAUGCCCAGGGCCUCAUGAACAUGACCCUCUAUCGCAAGCUAGAAAAGGACUAUCCAGUGUCCUGUGACCUCAGUGAAGACCUACCGUGGUCAGAGUGCCCGUCCCCCCACCGUUGUGUGCCCCGAAGAUGUGUCAUCCCCUACACACAUUUCAUGGGCACUGAUGAAGACUACUACUCAUUCCAGCCUGAUCGGGAGGUGGGCAUCCAGCUCGUGGUUCCACUGGCCCAGCAUGUGCAGCCCCCGCCUCCCAAGGACCUCCACAUCAGCCCCUCUGGGGAUCACUUCCUGCUGCAGUGGAGUGUGACCCUUGGGGAUGCCCAGGUCCCCUGGCUGGCACAAGAGGACAUCCAGUUUGAGGUGACUUACAAGAGGCUCCAGGACUCCUGGGAGGAUGCGCCCGGCCUUCACACCAGCAACUUGUGGGUCUCUCUGGAGCACAAGCUGUUCCUACCCAAUAACAUCUAUGUGGCCCGGGUACGCACUCGGCUGUCCCCAGGCUCAAGCUUGUCUGGAAGGCCCAGCAGAUGGAGCCCUGAGGUGCAAUGGGACUCCCAGCCAGGGGACAAGGCCCAGCCUCAGAACGUGCAGUGCUUCUUCGAUGGCAUCCGGUCCCUCAGCUGCUCCUGGGAGGUGUGGACCCCGAUGACUGGCUCUGUUUCCUUGGGGCUCUUCUAUAGCUCCAGCCCGGCGGCUCCGGAAGAGGAAUGCUGGCCAGUGGUGAAGGAGUUGCAGGACCACCUCCGCACCCGGUACCACUGCCGCCUAACCGUGCCCAGCGCCAGCGCACACAGCCGGUACACGGUCUCUGUUAGGCUGCGGAAACAAGGGAAGUACAUCAAGAGCUCUAGACACGUCCAGAUGCACCCUCCAACCCUCAACGUGACCAAGGAUGGAGACAGCUACAGCCUGCGCUGGGAAACUAAGAAAAUGUCCUUUGCUCACAUCAAGCACAAAUCCCAGGUCCAGUACACAGAGAGCCCAGACAACUGGGAGGACAGCAAGACAGAGAUUCUGGAUCGUGCCCAUAGCAUGGCUCUGCCACAGCUGAAGCCCUUCACCACAUACCAGGCCAGGGUGAGGGUCAAACCCCUGCCUGACUACUACGGGAUCUGGAGUGAGUGGAGCGAAGAGAACACCUGGACCACCGACUGGGUGAUGCCCACAUGGGGGAUAGUCCUCAGCCUGAUCUUCCUCAUCCUCUUCUGGCUCCUGGCUCUCCGCUUUGGCUGUGUCUAUGGGUACAGGAUGUACAGGAAGUGGAAGGAGAAAAUCCCUAACCCCAGCAAGAGCCUCCUGUUCCAGGAUGGAGGUAAAGGACUCUGGUCUUCCAGCAGCAUGGCAGCCUUUGACACUAAGAACCUUAGUCUCCAGGGACCACGGAGCAACCUUGUCGCUGAGCUACAGGGGUUGUCAUGUGCACAUUUGGGGGUCAAUGUAGUGUCACCACUCACCAUAGAGGACCCUAACAUUGUCCAAGACCCACCGUUGGAGCCUGACUCAACUCCAGCUGCCACAUCAGAACCCAUGGAUCAGCUCUCCAAUGCCCAUCAGGACCCACCACCCCCUUCUGACAGACACCAGAACCCUGAGAACCAGACACCCAGCUUUGACUUCGAUGGCCCCUACCUGGGGCCUCUCCAAACCCACACCCGGCCUGAUCUCUCAGGCCAGUUGGACACCCCCCAGAUCGGUGGGAGCCUGCAGCCAGCACUGCCAAGCUCCCUAGAAUACCUGUGCUUGCCUCCUGGGGGACAAGUACAGCUGGUCCCACUGUCCCAGGCCAUGGGGCAGAGCCAGGCUGUGACUGUGGAGUGUGAGCCUAGCCUGGGUACUACAGAGAGCCCUUGCAUGGAACCAAGGGACAGUCUUUCACUUGAACUGAGGCUGGAGGGACAGGAACCAAAGGACAACCCUGUGACUCUGCCCAUAAGCUCUGGGCGCCCCGAGGACCCUGUGGUGGUCUCUGGCUAUGUCAGUCCUGCAGAUCUGGUGCUCACCCUGCCCACAGUGCCCCUCUCUACCUCUCUGGGCACCUCUCUAGGGUCCCCCUCAGCUCAGGGCCCCAGCCUCUGUCUCCAGCAGCCUGGGGUCCUUCCUGGAAACCCGGCUCUUCCACCACCAGAGUUUGAUGACUAUGUGGAGCUCCCUCUGAGCAUGAGCCAGCUCCCCAAGUCCCCUCUGGGCAGUCCCAUGCCUCCUGUGACAAGCAUCCCUGCAGUGAGCCCAGGAGAGCCCAGGGAGGAGGUAGCCCCAGCAUCCCCUCACCCGGAAGGCCUCCUUGUUCUUCAGCAGGUGGGAGACUACUGCUUCCUCCCUGGCUUGGGGCCUGGCUCCCCCUCACCACACAGCAAACCGCCUUCUCCAAGCCUGUGUCCUGAGACUAUGGACCUAGACCAGGAUCUGUCCGUCAAAAAGCUUCCCUGCCAGCCCAUGCCCCAGGUGCCAGCCAUUCAGUUUUUCAAGUCCCUGAAGCAUCAGGACUACCUGUCACUGCCCCCUUGGGACAGCGGCCAGCCUGGGAAAGUUUGCUGAGCCCA